AUGGUAAAAAACUUUGGGGUAAAACAUAUUCGCACGGCUAUACACUCACCACAAGCGAAUGCGUCAGAACGCGUGAACCAAUCGAUUCUGGCAGCCGUAAGUUCGUAUCUGCAAGGUGACCACACCGAAUGGGACAAGCAAUUGUCAGAAAUUGAGUUUUCAUUACGAUCUUCGGUGCAGACAUCGAUUGGUAUAACGACAUAUUUUGCCUUAUUUGGCAUGAAUAUGAUUGGACAUGGUAGUGUGUAUAGUUUGGCGCGGAAACUCAAAAGUUUAAACGACGCGGAAAUGAACGUUAUCCCUAAACCAGCAAGAAUUGAACUUAUCCGGCAAAAGAUACGCGAAAAUCUACAUGAGGCCUACGCUCGAAACGAGAAAACUUAUAGCACGCGCUAUCGGCAGGUUAAAUUCGUACCCGGUCAGGAAGUGUACCGUCGCCACUUCCAACAAUGUGACUUUAAGAAUAAUUUUAAUGCUAAAUUGCUCGAAAGUUUCUCAAAUGUCGGAUUGUAA